AUGUCAAUUCAACUGAAGUCCUUUGCUCUUCAGAAGAAGCCCUCUGUCUCUGAUAAUCUUGAAUACUUCAAGACCACCCUCUCCUCCUCAGCUUUCAUGCCAUUGUUGAUGAGAAAAGUGGAACAAGUACUUCCCAUGCAGAUAGAUGUCUCCAAAACUUUCAAGAACACUUCAACAAAAGUGUUGGACUUCUUGGUUGAUUCGAUGUUUGAAUUCGUCGAUCAAUCCCUGCUUCCAUCUCAGAGCAACUUUGGCCCGGUAGACGAGUUGGGAGGAGAAGUUGUUUCACCAGCAGCAUCAGAGGGAAAAUCCCAGAUGAUUUUCCAGAGGGUGUCUACGUAA